AAAAGUUUCAUACUCGUCCUUGUGACAGGCAUCUAAAACAUGAAACGUGUGUUUGUUUUAAGAUUGAGAUAGAUAAACUAUUGUGUGACUAGAGGAUUAAUAUGACCACAGUUCACACAGUCCGAAAGAGAUUGGUGUGUACGAAUUGUUAUCCCUGCUAUGACAACCGUCGUCACCGAGAUAUCCUGCGUGUACACACCAGGUGGGAAGACGAUCAGACACCGGUGCACUAGCAGGGGGCGGCAGAUGAUAUAGCGAGUUGAGUAGGAAAUACGUCGUACUCAGAGGGGAUAUCUCCACCUUCAGCUGCAUACAUUCAAACCAAGUAUACAACGACAGGUUACAGGGAACAUGUCGGCCGCAGAUAGUAAACUUGAGGAGCUUUCUGGGAAGACUGCCGAGUGCGUCGCCCGUCACGACCACGUGGUAGAGCAGUUGCUGGAACUGGCAGACGAGCUGGACAAGGAGGAACGGGAGGUGGACGUCGCCAAGAUUGGCUUUGCCAGCACAGGAGCUGUGGGUGGCGGUCUGGCGUUACUUGGGUUCGGUCUGUCCUUCGUUACCUUUGGGACAUCCCUUAUCCUGACCGCAGUAGGGGCGGGUAUAUCCGCCGUCAGCGGAGUUGGGGGACUGGCAACAACUAUCACUGAGAAGAUCAUGAGCAGCAAUAAGCUUAAGGAGGCCAAGGCAGCGGUCCAGGCGUAUUCAGAUUCAAUCAAAUCGUUUUCACAUGUUUUGGAAUCGUUCUGUGAAAUGCUUCCUGGUGAGGACCAAGACAAGAUGUGGAAGUCUUUGAAACAAAACAUUGAAAUGGAAAUGAAGAUAAGCAGUGUUAUUUCAGACAGUCGCAAACUUGUAGACACCAUAGUCAAUAUCAAGAAGCUGAUGACAGCGGCUGACAAUGUCAAGGGAGUCGUGGAAGGGAUACAAGGGGAGGGAACUGCUGCAGCUAAGGCCAUAGGCGUAGGGGGAGAUCUGGCUAAAGAAGGCGACGAAGCUUUUAAAGCUUUGAGUACUGGGGCUAAAGCUGUGCAAAUAGGGGGCGUGGUCCUUGCGGGGGUAGGCGUGGUCAUCGAUAUCGGUUCUAUCAUAUACUAUGGUAUCAAAGUUCACAACAGAAAACCCUCCGACGUUGCUGAAGUCAUACGAAAACUGGCGAAAUCUAUGAACUAGCAUGUGUUCAAUGUUGACUGACAAUACCGAGCCAUUACCGUAGUUACACCAAUAUUAUACUUGUGUUGAACACGAACGGCUUUGUACAUUGCAGUUGUUUAGAAUAACAUACCUGUAAUAAACAUGUAUUGGAAUUCA